AUGCACAGUCUGGCUUUCUUCUUCUCUUCCGAUGAGGCAGUGGCUGACUUUUCAUCCACCACCUCACCUGGCCAGCCGGAACAACCAAAAACCACUCCCCCGUCUCCCAGCCCCAGCGCACUUCCUACUCUGACCGUGUUCGAUGGAGUGUCGAAUGCCCUCCUGCUCAGCUCGAUCGGAUUCCUGUUGGGAGCUCUAUUUAUGGCCCUAACGACGGACUAUGCCCUGCUCUACACCCAUGCACCGACGACGGCCGAGGCCUAUCUGGCAGCGGAACAAGCAUACUUGACGCUAUGGACUAGUCCACUCGCCGUCAAGGCGAUCUUCCACCUACUUCUCCUCUUACCGAUCUUCACACUUUCAGUCAAGGUCUCCCGAUAUACGGAGGCGGCGAUCUACUUCGACGGGCUCUGUUUGGGAAUGAUGCUCUUAGUCCUGGGGCUCUACACCGGCUCGACGGUCCCGAACCUACGCAAGCUGGCCUUCGAACCCUCGACCCAAGCGCUCGCAGACCUGGUCAAGAACUCCCUCAAUCUCAAAAUCCCCACCGACUUCGAUCCGUUGUCGCCAACAAGCGUCAUCAACCGACUCCUCGUCCUGCUCAGUCACCCGGCCAGUAUCCUCCUGAAACCCCAGAAGGCCCUCGAGAGCGAGCAGGAGUUCAAGAAAGCGCUCGAGCUCAAUCCGGUCGAUGAGAAGAGUCGCCACGAGCUGCUCGCCGUCACCGCUGCGGGUACUGGUCCCCCGGGCAGUCAUAAUCCACCGCCACGUCCUUCCAAUCCAGAAGGCCAAAUAUUUCGAGAGGCGGAAAUCGUUGUGAUCAACAUGGGAGGCUUCAAAACCCCCGAGAAAAACGUGCAACAUCGCAAGCUUGCCAUUUCUCAACGAAGUCUCAUAUUCCGUGACCAUACAUUGAUCCAAGAAAUUACCAGUACACCCCAAUUGUAUGAUCCUCGAAGUACUAUCGAACAGACCAUACGAGUCUUCCAUGGCACUCGACAUUCAUCGUUGUUAUCGUUCCAACAGAAAGGAAUCUUCCCGCCUUAUCGUCUUAACGAGUUUUCUAGAUCCCCUACAUUUUACACUACAAACGAUGCCCAACAAGCCUUUGAGCAUCCACUCCAUACUCACCCGGCAUACCCACCUGGUAGCCCCGUGGCAGUUUUCCAAUUCGAUAUCCCAACUGCUGUAAUUCACGGGCACUUCUCACCCACAAACGGCGAACCCCCCUUCCGUGUGAAGCGAUUUUCAUUAGUUGAAGAUCUGGACGACUGGAGAACUUUCUGUCGUCAAAACAUCGACAAGAAUCUCGGUGGUUAUAAUCAUAACUACGACAUCGUCAUCGGCCCGAUAUGUGUGCCGUCCUCAAAACCUUUUCAACCUAUCCAACUCCACUCAACUCAGGUUCAAUCCACCCAGGUCGCAUUCUGCAGUCAAAGGUCUGGCAGCUGGCUCAACAAGCAUGUUACAAAGAUCUACAUUGAAGAACGAUGUGAAGAUUGA